AUGUGUGAGCUGGGUUCUACAAUCUCCAGCCGACACAUUCCAUUCCUUGUUAGCGAUAUCACUGCCUACUUCUUAAUUCACCUUUUCUCUCUCUCUCGUUUUUUUUUUUUUUUGUUCCCUCCACCUCCGUUUGGUUUUCUCCUUUUUCUUUCUUUUUUUUUUCUUCACCAAACUCUUUUUCUCGCUCUAUCUUCGAUUUCCUCUUAUUCCCAGACUACUUUCUUUCCUUUUCUUUCUACUCUUCUUACUUUCUUAGCUGCCAAGUUUGCUUAUUUUGUUUACCUUAUUCCCUGUAACUUCUUUCGUGGCCAUGUUCUCUUGUUCAUUCGCUUUUACCUCUUUUUCUUCUGGGAGGUCAUCUCAGAUGAACACGGUAUUGAUCCAACCGGCACUUAUCAUGGCGAUUCUGAUCUCCAGUUGGAACGCAUCAAUGUUUACUUUAACGAGGCUACUGGAGGGAAAUAUGUUCCUCGAAGUAUUCUGAUUGACCUGGAACCUGGUACCAUGGAUUCUGUAAGGUCGGGACCAUUCGGACAAAUAUUCCGACCAGACAACUUUGUUUUCGGUGGGUGA